AAAAAGCAAGGACAAAUGACACCCUAAAAGUAUCGAUUUUCCCAAAUCGAUCAUUAUCUAACUGAUGAUGUCAUCACUGUCACGAUCUCCAUUUAGCCCAUGCCAACAUGUCCUUUUUUUACAUGCUGGAUGCUAAUGUGUACAAAUAUGGGUAAGGAUGAAUUGGGAACCAUGACUGACAUCUGGUGAAGAAAAGAGUUUUGGGGCCUUUCCUUGUUGCUGUUUCUGAGGCUUGUUUGAGCAUUAAAAAAAAAAAAAAUCUGAGGCUUAUUCAUGGUGGAGAGUUUGGAUGACGGCGAGUUUUUGCUGCCUCCUCAGUUGCUAAUAGAUGACGACGUCGUGCUUAUGCACUUGGGGUCUGAUGUUUCCAAGUCUCUGUUUCCCUUUGAGUUACCGUACCGUUUUGGGUCUUUUGGGUCUUUUGGGUUGUCUUCAGAUCUCGGCUCUCCGGUUGAGUUUGUUUUCGGUUCCACUGAGACUGAGAACGACGAAGAUGAGCAUCUUUCUGGGUUGACUCGUCAAAUGGCUCACUCGACUCUCCAAGACAAUUAGGGGCAAAACGAGCGCGCAUUCGCUACUGAAAACAACAAGGGUUUGCUACUUUCUGGGUCACCUCAAUCGACGCUGUGUGUGGUAUGGAGUAGCUGUGGGUGUAGGCAGUGGUCUAGCCGUGGUAGCCCCAAGCGUCAAUCGCUACUCCCUUCGUCGCCAAGAACUUGGGAUCUGCUACAUGCGGCUACGGUGGAAGUUACAAGGAUGCAAGGUAAGGAAGAACCAUUCAACCAUGAAAGAAGCCUCCUCGCUCCCCCAAAGAAACCUCCCACAAAGAAACCUCCCACAAAUCUUGACGUUGGUGGGUUUUACUUAUCCCACUCGCUUUCUCACAAUAAGUUGCAGUCUACUCAGUUUCUGCAGCUGAAACAGGAGCAACAGAUAAUGAGACAACGAAGUGCAUUGGCAUGGGCUGUUCUAAAGCAGCAGCCCCAUGUUGCCCAAUUUGUUAGUGAUAGGUCUUCUAGUAGCACUAGGCCUCUGGGCUUGUCGCCAUCUGAAUGGCCUCCUUCGCAGCAGUCACUGUCUCACAACAGGUUAGGUAUACGGGCCGGGUUUCCAGGUAAUCCCGUCGGCAACUUGAAUCUAGAUGAAAUUGGUCCUCAGAUUUUUUUUUUUAAUGCUGAUGUCUUUUCUUCACCAGAUGUCGGUCAUGGUUCCCACCAAUUCAUCCUUACCCAUAUUUGUACACAUCAGCAUCCAGCGUAAAAAAAAAGGACAUGCUGGCAUGGGCUAAACGGAGAUCGUGAUGGUGAUGAUAUCAUCAAUUAGAUAAUGAUCGAUUUGGGUAAAUUGAUACUUUUAAGAUAUCAUUUGUCCUUACUUUUUUUUUUUUUUAAGGAUGGAUCUAUACCUACCCAUAUUUGUCAAUGGUUGAUUUGAGGGUUUUGCCAACGUAAUAUGUCCACGGUCGUUCGGAAGAAGUUCUCAAUUAUUAUUAGUGUGACCAUUGUGAUCAGAAUAAAAAAGCUUGAGUACCCCUACACGUUGCGGGACAACGGUGUCAGUAUAUCAUUGUCGGGCCCCCCUAGUUUCAUCUCUUUUUUAAUGUAUUUGUCUAAGUCUUCUUGAAACUCGAAUCCACGUUGACAAGUGUCAUGAAUUCUCUGAUUACCCGUCCCAAAAUCAUGCCACGUUGUCCAUUACGUGUUUCCUCUCUUCUUAAAUGCACUAUUCUAUCUGCGACAUGUAAGCUCCUCAUCCUCAAUGGGUCUGGAAAAUGUCAGAGGGGCUGAUGAUGGCCCUCAAAGAACCACCACCCAUUAUUGCUUACGUGUCAACGAGUUUCUUAGUGGUUCAGAACAUGAACAAUAAUGCAAGAUGUUAAUGAGAAACUAACAACUUUCAUGUCUUGUCCCAAUCAGUUUGGAUGAUUUUUUGGACUCUCCACAUGAUAAAAUGAAGCAGGGGAAGUGUGGUACCAAUUCAUCGAAACUAUUGAUUCGUCGUUUGAACUUAAAUGCUUAGAUUCAUAUAGGUAAAAAUUUUUUUUUUUUUUUUACUUUUUGCUAUGGGACAGAAACCCGCCAAAGGGAAAUAUGUAUUUUUUUAAUGACAUUAGUCAUUAGAGCAUAAGUACCAAAUGCAAUAAGUAAAAAAUUUUAUU